UCUGUAAUGGUUCUUUCCAGUGAUGGUAGCUGCAGCAUGGUGACAGAGGAAGCAGCGUGGAUAAACAAUUCCGACAGUUUCUGGUUUUAAACGGUUAUUUGCGUUAACAGUUACCGAUAGUUUGAGGUUUGGCGAUCUUUAACAUCGACAAGUAGAAGAAAACCGCCAGAAAUUCCGUUAGAAAAUGCCUCAUCGAAAGAAGAAAUCGUUCAUUGAAAAGAAGAAGGCUGUGACCUUUCACCUCGUCCACAGGAGUCAGAGAGACCCGCUGGCUGCUGAUGAGAAAGCCCCGCAGCACGUCCUGCUGCCCGCCACCAAGGUGGAAGCAGAGAAGAGGCGCGAGGAGCAGAGGAACUUCGGCGUUUUCUUUGACGACGACUACGACUACCUGCAGCACCUGAAGGAGACGUCCGGCCAGACUGAGCUGGUGGCUGCCGGACCCUCGUACGCUGACAGACAAGCUAUUCAGCUCCGUGAUGAAGAGGAAGAGGAUGAAGGGGACAUGGACACCGCUGUUCCUGCAGCAACCAUCAAUCUGCCUUCUUCAGUGUUCGCCUCAGAAUUUGAAGAGGACGUCGGACUUCUGAACAAAGCUGCUCCCAUCUCAGGACCUCGUCUGGACAUGGACCCCGACAUCGUGGCCGCUCUCGACGAAGACUUUGACUACGACGACCCUGAAAACAUCCUGGAUGAUGAUUUUAUCAUGAAGGCCAACAGCGCAAGCGCAGCAGCAGACAUGAGAGGUGACGAUGAUGAUGACGACGACGACGACGACGACGACUGGGAGGACACGGACGAGGAAGGCGACUUUGACUCUGAGGGUGGAUUUUCGGACGAGGACGGCCGCGGUCGUGAGUUUCUGUUCAUGGACGAGGAGACGAAGAGUCGCUUCACAGAGUACUCGAUGACGUCAUCAGUGAUGAGGAGGAACGAGCAGCUCUCCCUGCUGGACGACCGCUUCGAAAAGUUUUACGAACAGUUCGAUGACGAUGAGAUCGGCGCUCUGGACAACGCUGAGCUGGAAGGUUUCAUCGAACCGGACAGCGCUCGCCUGGAGGAAGUUAUCAAAGACUACUUCAAACAGAAAGAGAAAGAGUACCUGAGGCCUGAUGACCUGGGUCCAAAAGAACUUCCUGUUUUGAAGGAGGAAGAAGAAGAUGAGGAGGAAGAGGAUGAGAUGGAAACUCUGGUCAUCAAGGCCCCAGAGGAGAAGUGGGACUGUGAAACCAUCAUCAGCACAUAUUCCAACAUAUAUAACAGACCCAAAGUCAUCGAGGAUCCUCCAAAGCUGAAGCCGAUCCGUGUGUCCAACAAGACCGGCAUCCCUCUGGACGUCCUCCCCGCCAGAGGCCUGACCACCAAGCAGGCGGAGCGCAUGACGAGGAUCAACGACUCGGACCUGCCUCGCGUGUCCACCCAGCCCCGCAGCAAGGAGGAGAGCAAAGAGGAGAGAAAAGCCAGGAAACAGGCCAUCAAAGAAGAGCGCAAGGAGAGGAGAGUUGAGAAGAAAGCCAACAAGAUGGCGUUCAAGGAGGAGAAAGUCCGACAGGAGAAGCAGAUGUUGAACCUGAGAACAAACGUUCAGGGUCUGAAGCUGUCGUAGCCGACCGCAGGCGCUCUGCCCGCACAGACUUUUCACCUGUGGACGGAGUUAUCAGUGGACACGCUGCUCCGCGCUUCAGUGGAGCGGAUAGAACCCCGAACAAAGAGGACUGACGGGUUGCCAAGAGGCUCUGGAUUUUUUUUUUUUUUAAAAUAUUAAAUGAAACCAGAGCCGAGUUUUCUCAAAUCACCAUGAGAGAACAUUCAUUUAACUCCUGCUUUGAAUAAAAGGAGCAACUUUAUCUACCGUAAACCAGCUCAGGUCAUCGAGUUAUAACAGUUUGAAAUCCAGGAACACUUAAGGCUGGGUAUUGAACAGAAAUAUUUUAUGAUACUAGUCAAACUGUUUUGAAAACCUGUUUAGCAAAUGUUGGCUUUGAACGUCUGAUCAUAGAGCUGCAACGAUUAGUCCAACGACAGAAAAAAAAAAACAACAUUUUAUUGUUUUCUUUGUCUCCUGUGAUGGUAAACUGUCUAAACUAAAUGACAAAACAACCAAUCAAUUAAUAAUGAAUAUUCUGCAGAUUAAUUGAUAAUGAAAUAAUGGUUAGUUGCAGCCCUAUCUGGUCAGACUGGAACCAGGUCCUGAUUUAAAUCAGACGUUUUCUAGACGUUCUCUCUUGUACAUCUGCUCAUGUUAAACCACAUUUAACAAUCAAGAACAUUGGCUUCUUUUACGAAAUGGAAAAGAUUGUAGUAAAAUAUUUAUAUCUCUCAGUAAGGUGUUUGGGGGGGAGGGGGUGUUUGGUAUCUCUACCAAAACUCCGAUAUAUCAAGAUUUGUAUCAAAAAGUUUGAAGUGAUACCCAGCCCUACUUCAUCUUGUUUGUCUCUUUAUUAAAACACUUAAAUGCA